CUGCAGAAGGUUGUGCUGAAGUUGGAUUUGAAUGACGACAAGGCCAAGCAGAAGGCGCUCAAGACGGUGUCUACUCUAUCUGGAAUCGAUUCAAUCGCCAUGGACAUGAAGGAGAGGAAAAUGACGGUAAUAGGGUCGGUGGAUCCAGUGAACGUGGUGAGCAAGCUGCGGAAGUACUGGCCCACGACGGAUAUCAUCCUUGUUGGGCCGGCCAAGGAGCCCGAGAAGAAAGAGGAGCCCAAGAAGGAGGAAGGCAAGAAAGAGGAGGACGGCGGCAAGAAGGCCGAAGAAGAGCCCAAGAAGGAAGAAGGCGGAGAGAAGAAAGAAGGGGACAAGAAAGGGGAGGAGAAGAAGGAGGAAGGCGGCGGCGGCGGCGGCGGAGGGGAGAAGAAGGACGGGGAGAAGAAGGAUGGGGAGGAGAAGAAGAAGGAUCAGCCGGCGGCCGGAGCGGCGACAAUGCCUCCGCCGGACCCGGUGCUGGAGCUUGUGAGGGCUUACAGGGCGUAUAAUCCUCACAUGACGACUCAUUACUACGUUCAGAGCAUGGAGGAGAACCCAAAUGCGUGCGUCAUCUGUUGA